GUCUUGCUUCUAGUUCUAGACGAAGUUUAACUUCUUCAACGUGUAGUUGUAGUGAAGAUUCGUAACUCAUACACAGUAGAGCAGAAAGCCAAAACUAUGUACACAUUGUCAGUCCUCGUGCUGCUUCUAUUACAAGUGCGAGUCAUAUAACUGGAGGUCACUCAGCCACCAGAAACGAACAUCAUGUCUCGUACCCUGCUCACAGGAGCUGCCGCGCCAGUCUCUUCGCUGGCUCAACAACGGCAACGAAAUGUGGAAGCAGAGCCUCGCACUGGAGCAAAUGAUGGAACUAGCUUUACCACCACAGGAAAAACUAAAACUGCUUCAAAGUCUGGCGGACUGACGUUUUUCAACAUCUUCCUCCUCCACUUUGUUUUAAAAUCUUUUUUCCUCCCGCCCACAAACCCCGGCAGAACGGCCGGCGCAGUUGUGGGGAAAAGCGCAAGCAGUCGUGCCGUGGAUGACUCCACCAGCAACCCAAGCGCGUACCGAAGCACGGAUUUCGAGGUCCACAGAAAUUGGCUGGCCAUCACCGGAAAUCUUCCGUUGAGCCAGUGGUACCACGAGGAGAAGUACUCUGAAUGGACGCUGGAUUACCCGCCCAUGUUUGCGUACUUCGAAUUUUUCCUCUAUCUAGUCCUGUCAUGCGGGAACGGGAUCUUCGGCGGUAGUAUUGGCAGGAACAAAGUCCUCGGGGAUUUCCUUUUCGACUUCGAAAAGGCGGUAGCGUCGGUGAGACACUCCGUCAACUUCGCGAGUACGAAGUUCAUCUUCUUCCACCGCUUGAGCGUGAUUUUGUCCGACACUGUUCUCGUCUACGCGGUCUGGAAGUGGGUGACGAAAGGGACGACGGGUGGAUCCCGCGGAAGUACAACUACGACUAGAGGUGCAAACAGAAACACCAGCCACGGUCAUCUUCUGCUCCCCUCUCUAAUCUUCGUCGUAUUCAACGCGGGUCUGCUAGUCGUCGACCACAUGCACUUAUGCACAAAAACCGAUCCCUCCCCAUAAAUCCAUUUUGGCAUGCAAAACGUGCAUCAGAGCCAGUGUCUGUCAUGCAAAAAAUGGAUGUGGAUCGGUAUUGGUCGUUUCUUGUGAAUAGAACUUUCAGUACAACGGUAUGAUGUACGGAAUUCUUCUUCUCUCCGCCUUUGAGCUCUACGAGAAGAAACACUUGAAAGCCGCGCUGUUGUUCACCCUGCUAUUCAACAUGAAGCACAUUUUUCUCUACUGCGCCCCGGUGUACUUCGUGGUCUUGCUGUACCGAGAGUGCUUCGUUGGUGGCGAAAAGGACUCGUCUUCGAAGAUGUUGAAGGGCGACAACUCUUCUGUUGUUCCUGCUACCACGACGACGAGCAAAUCCACCUCCCGCUUCUCAUUCUUUCGAUUUUUGCGGUUGGGACUCCUCGUUCUGGUCACAACUUUCCUCAUCUGGGCGCCGGUCACUGUUUACCCUGCAAUAGAAGAAUCUUUGGGUGGUCGAAGAGGCGGUGGAGUCCUCUCCUUUACUUCUUCGCUCGAUUUGAAAACGGUUUUCGUCGCUACUGUUGCGGAAGUGAAGCAGAUUUUGUCCCGGCUGUUUCCCUUCGGCCGAGGCUUGACGCACGCCUAUUGGGCACCGAAUGUCUGGGCGCUGUACAAUUUCGCGGAUAGGGUUUUAGCAAAAGUUCUCAAGAGAAGCAGCAGCAGUGGUACCAGCAGCAGUACCACGGGGUUGGUGGAGACUUAUUCGUCUGUUGUCCUGCCGACUAUCACGCCGAUGGUUUGCCUUUUGCUGGUAGUGAGCCUGUACUUCGUGCUGGGACUGGUGUUGAAAAGGAAAUACACCACGACAACGAGGAGCACGAACAUAUCUUCGAAGGAAGGUGAUAGUGCGCCAGCAUCAGGCUCUGACAAAGCAACCUCAACCAAACAAACGACCCUCAUCAAACAAACGAAAUCCGUUCACGGCACGGAUUUUCUCUUCUUUCUCUCGAUGGGCUCGGCGGUCGCCUUCUUGGUCGGGUGGCACGUCCACGAAAAGGCGAUUUUGAUGGUGACCAUCCCACUGCAAUUGUUUGUGCAUCUAAGACUACCGACAAGGUCAAGGACCAGCACUUCUACCUCAGUAUCUUCAAACGCUGACUUUCUCCGCGCCUUUCUCCUGCUCCACAUCACCGCAACGCUGUCCAUCAUGCCGCUCGUACCAAAUACGAGUCACCCGCUGAAUUGUUUGGCGAAGUAUUUCCUCGCGGCUGGAGUGCAUUUGUUCGAAAUCGCGUAUUUGCACGAAAGGAUUCCGAUGGUUCUUGCGAGCAGUAGAGCCGCACCUGCUGGAAGGACCACAUCAAGCUCGUCUUUUCUGUUUGUUUUCCAAACCUCCGAUAACUUUCUACUCACCGGCGUCGUCGCGACCGCACUUUACAACGAAUUCUCCACGGGUUUCGGCCCGAACGGACUGAACGCACUUUUAUUUGGGGAAAGGUACAGCUUCGUUCCUUUGAUGCUCAUGAGUGUCUGGGACGCGGGGGUGGUCUUGGUUUGUUUGGCCAGGAUUUUGAGGGCGUUUUGAAAGCCUUAUCCAUGAUCAGGAGCCACCACGUCACCGCAGAGAUUCAUGGACAUCAAGAUAAAUGAGGCGCAGAUUUAAAAAUUCAUUUUGCGCAAAAUCAAUUGAUGAAGUUCUCAAAUCUAGCAAAUAAACUCGAUUGCUCUGCUUCUUGGCAGUGGCAAAAUUCAGGUUGUGACACGUCGUCAGUUGUCCGAGGAU